AUGUGCCCACACGAAAUGAAGCGAAGUGAACCUCUUCAUCGUGCCGAUAAAGAUGAGGUUUCACUUCGACUCGCCUUUGAAAAAAGACUGAAACAAGGAAGUAUUGUUGCUCAUGAAUGGAGAAUCGUACAGAAGCUGGGACAAGGAGGAUUUGGUGCCGUCUACAAAGUUGUUCACAUUGAAACUAGAGCUUUGGCGGCGUUCAAGGUGGAACUGAAUAGAGAACAUGGUGUAUUGAAGUUAGAAGCAAAGGUGUUGCGACGUCUUGAGGGAUGUCCUUUCGUACCACAGGUAUUAGGUUCAGGGAAAAAACUAUACUACUCGUACUUAAUCAUGAGCUUACUUGGACCAAGUCUAAACAAAAUACUGAGAUAUUAUGGAAAAAUAUGUAGCGUUUCUACUCAGGUGCGCAUAGGAAUCAAUGUCCUGUAUGCACUCAAACAACUUCAUGACGUAUGUCUUGGAAAAUUUGGUUUCAUCCAUCGUGAUUUGAAGCCAGCAAACCUGGCUGUAGGACCGGUUGGAACACCAUUUUUCCGACUGAUUCAUAUAUUCGAUUUUGGUCUUGCAAGAGAGUACAUAGUGACCUCUUAUACAGGAAAGACUAAGAUGCGAAGGCCGCGCCCUAAGGCUCACUUUAGAGGAACGUUACGGUACUGCUCUGUAAAUACUCACGAAAAAGGGGAACAAGGGCGAGGUGACGAUCUCUGGUCCCUUCUAUAUUCACUCGUGGAAUUACGUGGAGCUCUACCGUGGUCGAGGGCGAGAGAAAGAAGACAGAUAUUGAUAAUGAAGAAAAAAAUUAGUUUGGAGGACUUGAUGGCAAACUGCCCUGUUGAGUUCAUCGGCUUCGCUGAGCAUCUUACGACAUUGAAUUAUUAUACACGUCCUAACUAUGCACUACUUAAUCAACUCUUGUUACAAGUCAUGAAAGCUGGAAGAAUAAGUACCAAGCAAACCAUUCUCCAAGCGAAUUUGAUUAUGCUGACUGUUAGUGACCGCGUUAUUUUGGCUAUCAUUAAGACCAUUAUGGGUCCGAAUAAGUACGUCAAACCAGUGGCUAAAGCCAAUGUGGCGCAAGCGAUCAGGCAGAUCAAAAUUAAGUAA